AUGUAUAAGUUUCUUAUAUUAACGUACAUACUUUUCACAAUAUGUCAAACUAAAAAGGUUUAGAAGAGUUUUCGAAUCAGAGAGAUGUCAGAUUGGGAAUAUUUGACAAAAUUUGGAGCUGAAAUUGGAGAUUUCACUUAUCAUAUCAAAUUCAGAAUUAUUGGAUUAGAAUCAUAAGAAAUGAAAGAAAAAACAUUUCCAAUCCUAUUUUAAUUAUAUUUAGAUGAAGAAUGGCCUGAAGCUUUAGAAAGAUCAGAAUGUGAAGUAAAUAAAAAUACUAUCUGAUUAAAUUAGAGAGUUUCUUUAGCCAGAAAAAAAUAGACAAUUAAAGUACCUGGAAAUGGAGAAUACUCUCAAGUAUACUCAGGAAAUAUCAAAGCUAAAAUUAGAGCACAUAUGUGGUAUUAUACUAUAUCUGAUUGUGAUCGAAAAUUAAGAGAUGAAUUCAAAGAAGAUUAGUAUAGAAAACUUAAAUUUGAAGUGGAUAUUCAUAUAAAGAAUGUUGAUAAAACUGAAUUCUCUGUUGAACAAUUUGGAAUUCAAUAUUUUAUGAUUUUGGUAGUUUUAGUUGACAUGUUAAUGUUCGCUUAUAAUGGUUAUUACAUAGUUAAAAGACAUGAAAAAUAUGAAGAAUUUAGUUUGGCUUUGUUUCUAUUAGUCAUUACUUUAUUUCUUGAAAUUAUUUCCUAUGGUGUGAAUUUAUUACAUUUGUGGGUUUACAGUUAUAAUGGCCAAGGCGUUUUUGUAUUACAUGUGAUUUCAGUUAUUGUGUAGGUAAGCAUUAAUCAUUAGCAUAGGUUGCAUCAUAAUUUUCUUUAACUAUGAUUUUAAUUAUGUUAUCUUGGGGUUGGUAAAUAAAUUUUACUAAAUUUGAUAAUUUCGAAACAUUCCUUCCUUUAUCACUAUUAAUAGCAUUUUUUUAAUUAACUAUUGUUGGAGUAGGUUUUAUUGAUUAUGAUUCUUACUAUAAGGAUCAUAAUUAUGAAGGUUUGGUUGGUUGGUUGGCAUCAUUUAUAUUUAUAGGAGAAUUUAUCUAUUUUAUAAAUGGAUUGUCUAAUACAUCUAAAAAUAGUAGUGCAACCGUAAAAUAAUUUAUAUUAAUGCUUGGAAUAUAUGGUGGAUUCUAUUUUAUUAGUUUUCCAGUACUCUAAACUAUUAAUUUGGUAUUUAAAUUUCAAUUAACAAUUUAGAUAGUUGCCAGAUAUCUUAGGCAUAAAGUAAUGGAAAUAGGGACAAUAUCUUUAAGAACUUCAGCUAUUUUACUUUUGACACAUUUAUUUAAUUCUAAAAAAUCAUUAUUUGCUUAAAUUUCUUAUGAUAGUAAAAGCUUUUUAGAUAGAAACAAAGAAGAGUGA